AUGCACCGCCUAUGCCAUUCCUUGCUUUCCUUCGGCUGGGUCCUGGCCGGCAGUGAAGAGCUCUGCGGUAGCCGCUGGUGGCGCCGAGCGCAUGACGGGCUGCGGCUGCAGGAGCCGUGGAGUGCCCCGUGUCCUUGGGAGGCUGGCGGCUCGGUCUGGGGCAACGUGCGGGUGCCGGCAGAGAGCGUGGAGCGGAAGAGUUGGGGCGGAGAUGAGGACAUCAUCAUCACCAUCGAACUGGAAAGGUCGGGUCAUCGCUUCUACGACUUGGACCCUUUGGCUGAGACGACCUUUGCGCAGCUCUUUGCGACGAACGGCGCCCGCUGCGCGGCGCCGCGGCGAGCGGCGCUGGGUGCGGCGGCCUGCAGCCGCUUUGGGGCUGGGGCCGACCUCAGCGGAGUGUCGGAUAUGAUCGGAAACAAGUUCUGUGAACACCCCGAAGCCAAAGAUGCUCGUGCUUUGUUCUGUCGCUAUCCUCCUCGCUUCUAUGCACAUGCAGGAAUCUGCAGGCAAUAUGCACAAUUCUGUCCAUUUGAGGAGCUGAAGUCUGAAACCAAUCCAUCACAUAUUGAUUUGGCCGUCGUGAAUGUGGAUGCUGAGAUGUUCUAUGCUUUGGAGGAGUGCGGCGCCUUCAAAAGCGAGUUUUGGAUCUUCAAGGUUUUUGUGCAUUGGUGCCCUCAUUGCCAGCAGCUGAUGCCCCUGCUGUAUCGCCUCGCGCUGCGCUUGCGUCAGGCCAAGGUCGCCUUUCUGCGCUUUGGCGCGGUGAACUGCGCCACGGAGCAUGCGCUUUGCUCGGAGCAAGGCUGGUUGGGCCACCCACUGCUGGUGGCGAAAUACUUGGGCCCUGACCAAGCGGUGCACGGGGCCAUUGAACAUUGGAUUGACGUUGUGAAGGACGCUCAACUACGGCAGAUGUUGCCGCGCUAUGCUCUACCAGGGGAGUUUCCAGUGCUGAAACUUCUGCUGGAGCAUUUGCCAACGAACCUGGUUCCUACGGUGGCAUGGGCAGACCUUUUUGAAGCUCCGCCGGGACCCUCUGGGGCAUGUCCCAACGUCACUGCUUUGCACCCGGAGCACCCCACAUCCAUGGAGGACUUUGUUGGCAAUGGCUGGCAUGACGUGGAGCGGAACUUCACUGUGAGGUGCCGGAUCAGCCAAGGAAAUGUCGAGGCCUUCUCUUAUCGCCAGCUCAUUGACAUUGAGAGGAACCUUCCAGAAGCCUUCGCCAUCCAAUCGUUUCUGCGGGAACUGCAUCGGGCACUCAUGAUUCGAGUUCGAGCUGCACAGACAAAGGAGGGUCCCAAGAACAAGUGCACGAUGAACACCGAGGCUCACAAGAAUCUAUACAAUCAGACUAAGAUGCUCAGUGCCUUGCGUGGUUUCAUCGAUCACUUCUUCAAGUGUCACUACUGCCGAAGGCAUUUCCUGCGGCAGUACGAGGAAGGCUCCUAUGGUCGCCAGUUGGCUGAAGAAUCCUAUGAGGACACCGGGCCAAACUGGACAGGAGAUGCAGGAAGUGCUUGGAGUGGAUGGCCUCGCCAUGCCAUGCCUGUUGGGCUGAUCUUGGAAAUGCAGGAGCUGGUUCUCUACUUGUGGCGUUUCCACACCGCAGUCUCUACACGCGUCUCUGCCCUGCACAGCUGUGUGGACUCUGACCGCCGCUGGCCGCCCAGCUCCUUGUGCCCUUCGUGCUGGCAGCCCAGCGAUCAGUCCGCUCUGUGGGAAGUUCUCAGCGAAGCCAAAGCGAAGACAAAGGACGGUGAAUCUUUGCCGAUGUCAAUUGGGGCCAGUGAGCAGGUAAAGAAGGAAGUAGGGCCCUCUACUUCUGUGGGUCCAGUCAACAGUCAACGGUUGCUUCAGGGUGACCAUUUCUUAGGAGUUGCAUGUUGGUUGUGGCAAGUGUGCUCUGUGGCGCGUCAUUGGUCCAUGACCUCAAAAAGAGACCAAGGACCAAGGACCUCCAAGACUCCCAAAGUUUCACGCGUUCGGGGCCCAUAG